AUGUCUCCUCCUACAGCUGGCAAAUACCACCGUGAAUGUUUCAAGGCUCUGAUUACUGGGCGUUUUGCUAUCUUUCCUCAGGACCAACUGGAGCUGAUAAGCAAGAAUCCGAUUUACGGAGGAUUUGAACUUGUGACCAUGCCCUGGAAGGCUGAUCUAAUUGCGUCGGCCAUUCGAGACCUCACUAAUCCUAUUGACGCGAUCGUCAUUCCAAAUGACUUUGUGCGAGGGUCUGACCUGGGCGUAUCGGGAGAUCUGUAUUAUUGGUUGACUGUCGACUUUCUUUCUGUGAGAGGCAAGGCUUUAAUCCUCACUGGCGGCAUUUCGGGUGAAGGGAGAAUAAAGGCUCUGCUUAACUCUGUUUUUUCAAUCACUGCGGAACAUUCGUCGACUAGCACGGAGGACGAUGCUGUUGUCUCCAAAAUGCAUCAAAUCUACGACACCACUCCUUACGAGAAAGAUCAAGGGGUCCCGCCUAUAUUCCGCCCUGAAAACAUGCCAAAGGAACUCAACUGGCCAAUGGCUAUUCACGAGGAUCUCCAAGACGGGCGUUUGAAACUGCGGUGUGCUCUACCAGGCACACAUACCCUACCCGUAGUAGGAACUCCAUUGAGUUUAUGGUACCGCAGCACCACGGCUGGCCUUUCACCCCAUACUGCGUUCGGCGUGAGACUUUACACAAACCCCCGCAGUUCUCCCUGCAGAGUAUGCAUGCAGAACUUGGAUUGGUGUGCCCUUGGUACUCGCGGCAGCAACACACGUGGUUGGCUUCCUAACAAGUCAAAGUGCAUAACCCUCGUUUGUCCUGGAAUGACGCAGUAUCCGAUCCUGGAAGCUGUGAGAAGCUUGCAAACGCGUUUUAUUACUGGGGUAAUGGUGGUAGGCCGGCACCUUGUCCCCCGGAAAGCCUCCAAACCACUACUGAACGAACAGGCCCCACGUCGGCUCAACUUUCGCACAAGCGCUUAA